CCGCGGAAACUUAACUUAUUAAACAGAACCCUUGCACACAUGUGGGCAUGGCGGCAAUCGUGAAAUACGGCCCUAUAAUUGACCUCUCCGACGCAUCGGCUUACAUCGACGCCUACGUGCAACUCCUAGUCUUCGUUCACCGCUCAACUCCCAUUCAGUACAAGAUCUUGACGAAAAGCGGAGGAAGAGAAGUGAUAAGGACGGACGUUCUGGUGGGCGAUGACAAGCGCACCUAUUUCCCUGUGUCCAUAUGGCACAACCAAAUCGCCUCCCAGAUUGUUUCCGGCACCGUCGUUUUGCUACAGAAUGUUAAAAUUACAAGAUUUGGAGAGAGAGUGGAGGCCAAAACUCUCCACUGUUCAUCCAUCCUAUGUCUAGUCCAGAGAUAUGAAUCAAUACUUUCUAAAGAUGUGGAUGAUGUGACAGGGGGAUGCCAAGUUAGUACAUCAGCAAAGAAUAAGUUUCAAAAAGUUAUCAGAUGGUUACAGAAAAGUGAAAAUGUGUAUGUCAAUGAUGGACUAAACCACUAUCAAUCGAAACAGCUGAAACUGAACUGGAAAGUGCAUAAAGAGCCAAAAUGUCAUGAUUGCUUCUCCCUAAAUGAAUUAUGCCUUCUUUUUGAUUCCUGUGAGGCAAGCUUCUAUGCUUCUAUCGGUGAAAUUUUUCUGCCAAUCACCUGUAGAAAUCUGCAUGAAUCUGAGACUGAAACCCUGUUCAUCAGUAGGAGGCUUUUCAUGCUUGAAGAUAAUAACUUGAUUGAUGAUUUAGUUGGUAUUGGCUGUCAUCUAUGUGGGACUCCAUUAAAUCAAGAUCAUGGAUCAACCAUGACUGAGGCCUCUCAGUUCUAUUGUCAGAAAAGCUCUAAUCACCUUCAUGUGGUACGACACAUAUAUAGACCCUUCAUGCUAUAUGUAUGGGACGAUUCAAGGUAUAUUUCACUUCUCGUUAGGAAUAAGGCUGCUGAGCUCUUGUUUGGAAACAUUAAAGCUGAGGAAGUAUAUGCAUGCUAUCAGAGACAAAAGAACUGCAAAACUCUCGAUAAUCCAAAUACAAAACCUCAUUCAUCAGGCACUGGAUCGAAAGUACACGAUGUUGGUGUUAAACCAAACUUGUAUAGGAUUUGGCUAAUCUUGUUAAAGACUCUACUGCAGAAAGAAAAGAACAGUUUAUUGAAGUUUAAGGUUCAUAUUGAUGCUAAUAGAGACUGGGAAAGUGGCAAGUUUGAGAUGGUUUCAGUUUCACUGCCAUCUUUCAAUUGAGUUGAUUAAUCCAAUUACCUGGUGCACCAAGCUUUGAA